AUGAACUGUUUACGUCUUUUUAAGCCGACACAAUUGCAAUCACUUGGCAAAAUUAGAAGUGUAAAGUAUUUCUCUCAACAUCCUUUAAAGUUUUUAGAGGCUCAAGAUAGAUGGAGAGAAAAGGAUGGCAUGUCUCAAAAAUGGCAACUUAUAUACAAGGCUCCAAUGGGGAAUAUUCUUAAUUAUACUGUCGCAUAUUUAACUGCUUCAACAGCUGUUGUGUCGGCUAGUGCCAUAUAUUAUGCUGCGUUUGUCUUUGAUGUGACUACUAUAAAUGACCCAGUCCUCAUAGGCCCAGAUGUAGUAAUUGCUAAUAAUGCAAUGGAGUGCCUUAUAUAUCUUGGUGCAUUUAUUGCUUUUCAUGCAGCAGUCAAAGUAUUACUUUCAAAGUUUGUAAUCCGUUUAUAUAACAAUGGUGAUGAAUACAUAGCAAUUUUUAGAGGAAACUGGUAUGAUUCCAUUAUUAAGCACAAAUUUCACUUACAAGAAUUUAAGAAAUUAAAUCCAACAUUUGUUAUUUCUUGGGGAGAUGCAAGAUUUGGACUUGGAAAAAAACAUGGGAUAUUGAUUGACAGAUACUUUAAAACACCUGAACAUUUUAACUAUUUACUUUAUAAACAUAAAGCU